AUGCGUGAUGACCUUAAGGGUCGGAACUUGACUUUUACCGAAAUAGCCAAGCUUGUGGGAGAGCACUGGCAAAACUUAACUCCCGGCGAGAAAGAGCCAUAUGAAACUUCCGCAUUGAAAGCCAAGGAGAAAUACAACCACGACUUGGCCGAGUACAAGAAGACGACAGAGUAUAGGAAAUACAACCUGUACUUACAGGAUUUCAAGGCACGGCAAGCCUCCGCAAAUCAAGCGUGUGGGUUCCGUGGUAUCGGUAUCCGAAUCGCAAUAUUCGACGGCCGUGCCGACCCCGAUUUCUCAUCAUCAUCCCAAUGA